AAAACAGGAGAAGAAGCACUGGUGGUUAUCCGUUAACCCAGCAGGUAAAAGAAGACAAACGAACACGAUAAACAUUUUUAAACUCGUUCUAAGUACGACGUGUUUAUUAAUAGUCAAUAGAGGUCAGAACAGGAGGGCAAAGGUCUAAAUGAGAUCCCUAUACUCUUGUCAUGAACAAUGGUCUCAUAAUUCCAUUCAUUCAGAGGAUGAACAAUUAGGCUGUAUAGUUCUUUUCCCCCCUGAAGAUAUUGGUAGCAGAGUUGUACGCAGGCAGGAAAAUGGAAUGGAACUAGUGCAAGAUACCAAGCUUGAUCCACCAAUUCGACGAGCACAAGAGCAACAAGGAACAAUUCGACGAGCACAAGAGCAACAAGGGAAGGCAAGGAUAAGCUGAUCGAUUAGCCCUGGCAAUGGGCAAGUACAGCGACGGGAGGGACGGCGGCGAGCCCGGCGGCGGCGGCGGCUACCCGCUGGUGGCGGUGUGCAUCGACAAGGACAAGAACAGCCAGAACGCCCUCAAGUUCGCGACGGAGACGGUCGUCCACAAGGGCCAGACCAUCGUGCUCGUCCACGUCCACACCAAGGGCUCCUCAGGUGGGGUGGAGGACGCCGCCGGGUACAAGCAGCCGUCGGACCCGCAGAUGAAGGACCUCUUCCUCCCGUUCCGCUGCUUGUGCACUCGCAAAGACAUCCUCUGCAAGGACGUGGUGCUGGACGAGCACGACGUGUCCAAGGCGAUCGUCGAGUUCGCCGCGCACGCCGCCAUCGAGAAGCUCGUCGUCGGCGCCACCGCCAGGGGCGGCUUCGUCAGGUUCAAGGCGGACAUCCCGAGCAGCAUCUCCAAGACGGCGCCGGACUUCACCACCGUGUACAUCGUCUCCAAGGGCGGCAAGGUGACGUCGAUGCGGCAGGCCACCCGCCAGGCGCCGGCCGUCUCGCCGCUCCGGACGAUGAUGCAGGGGCCCAAGCCCGAGCACGUGCCCACGCAGAAAUGGACGCCGCCGCCUCCGGCCACGACGAGAGGCGACACUGCCGGGACACCGCAACUGCAGGACAAUUUCAUCAUGUCGCCGUUCGCGAGGGGGAUGAACACGUCGGCGAGGAAGGCGUUCCCGGACUACUCGGUGCCGGAGUCGUCGGACAUCUCCUUCAUCAGCGCCGGCCCUCGCCGGAGCGUGGACCGGUACCCGCCGCGGCUGUCGAACGGGUCGGACGGCCAUGGCCACGACCACCACAGCUUCGAGGCGGCGGCGCCCACGCCCAACAAGUGGGGCGAUUCCUUCGGCAACGAGAGCACGUCGCACUCCCAGAACAGCAACUCCUCCUCGUCCUCCGUUGCAAUGGAAGACAUGGAGGCCGAGAUGAGGCGGCUGCGGCUGGAGCUCAAGCAGACCAUGGACAUGUACAGCACGGCGUGCAAGGAGGCGCUCACGGCGAAGCAGAAGGCGAUGGAGCUGCAGCGUUGGAAGAUGGAGGAGGAGCAGCGGUCGCAGGAGACGCGGCUGACAGAGGAGUCGGCCAUGGCGCUGAUCGAGCAGGAGAAGGCCAAGGCGAGGGCGGCCAUCGAGGCGGCGGAGGCGUCGCAGCGGCUGGCGGAGCUGGAGGCGCAGAAGCGGAUCAGCGCGGAGAUGAAGGCGCUCAAGGAGGCCGAGGAGCGGCUCAAGUCCAUGGGAGCCGGCCGCGGCGCGGUCAGGUACCGGAAGUACACCAUCGAGGAGAUCGAGCUCGCCACCGACCACUUCGCCGAGCCCCGCAAGAUCGGCGAGGGCGGCUACGGCCCGGUCUACAAGGGCCACCUGGACCACACGCCGGUGGCCAUCAAGGUGCUCCGCCCCGACGCGGCGCAGGGGAGGUCGCAGUUCCAGCAGGAGGUGGAGGUGCUCAGCUGCAUCCGCCACCCAAACAUGGUGCUCCUCCUCGGGGCCUGCCCGGAGUACGGCUGCCUCGUCUACGAGUACAUGGCCAACGGCAGCCUCGACGACUGCCUGUUCCGGCGCGGCGGCGGCCCGGUCAUCCCAUGGCAGCACCGGUUCCGCAUCGCGGCGGAGAUCGCCACCGGCUUGCUGUUCCUGCACCAGACCAAGCCCGAGCCGCUCGUCCACCGCGACCUCAAGCCGGGCAACAUCCUUCUCGACCGCAACUACGUCAGCAAGAUCAGCGACGUCGGCCUCGCCCGCCUCGUGCCGCCGUCCGUCGCCGACAGCGUCACGCAGUGCCACAUGACGUCGGCGGCGGGGACCUUCUGCUACAUCGACCCGGAGUACCAGCAGACGGGGUUGCUCGGCGUCAAGUCGGACGUCUACUCCCUCGGCGUCAUGCUGCUGCAGAUCGUCACGGCGCGGCCGCCGAUGGGCCUCACGCACCACGUCGCCCGCGCGCUCGAGCACGGCGCGCUCGCCGACCUGCUCGACCCGGCCGUCCAGGAUUGGCCCGUCGACGAAGCGCGCUGCUUCGCCGAGAUAUCCAUCCGCUGCUGCGAGCUCCGGCGAAAGGACCGGCCGGACCUCGCCAACGUGGUGCUCCCGGAGCUCAACCGCCUGCGCGCGCUCGGCGAGGACAACAUGCAGUUCUGCGACACCAUGAACGGCCGGAGCAGCUUGCAAAGUUCGCUGUUCCACAGCAACUCUUCCAUUCAUCAACCUUAUCGACAAAACGAUAUGGCGAGUGAUCCGCACAGCGUAGGGAGGUCGCCGUACAACGGGAACACGAGCCAACACGCCGUGCCGGCAAGAAGGCUAUACUACAACUAAGCCGACGUGAGCUUGCACUCCGACUGCAUUUUAGGUGUUGCUGCAUGCAAAGAUCCUUGGACACAAACGUCUCACUAAGCAGAGAGUUUAUCCCAAUGCUUCUUUUGAUUAGGAAGCUAGUGUUGUUAAUGCAGAGGUUAGAGAGCCAUGUCAUGGCUGCAUGUGCUUGUGAGGUUGCAAACUUUAGUAUAUGAUAGUAGUUGGUCGUUUCUUGAUCCUGUCAUUUGUAAAGGACCUGACAUUUUUAAUGUAUGGAAACGCUGACCGUUUCUUGCAGAAGUUUCGAUA